AUGUUUCUUCGACGUGUGGCACCAAAGGGUGCGGCAUCAAUGGCCGCUGUUCCACUUCUGGUCAGUUCCCGUGGUUACAACAUGUUUGUUUUCCGUGAUCCCGCACGCCGUCCACAGCUGACAGAGGAGGAGCGUUCUAAAGUGGUUAUUAACCAGGCAGAAUGGCCGGAAGAGUUCAAGGACUUUGAUCCUGAUGAUCCGUACAAGAAGAGUCCUGAAAUUAUUGAGGGAUUAUCCAGCUGGAAUCUCUUCCUUUGGGGAGUGGAAUGUGCAUUUAUCUAUCAGUUCUAUGAGCUGGUGUUCCCAAGGAGUAUUUGA